AUGGAGGCGGGACCCCCGGCAGACCCACCCCCAAACUCCCCUCCACGCCCCCAAGCCGAGGUGGAGGAUGACUUCCAGUUCCUCCUCUGCGAGAGCUGCCGGCAAGAAUCCCCCAACCUCAAGCUCCUCACCUGCCUCCACACCCUGUGCCUGGAUUGCCUGAAGGAGAACAAGCCCAUCGGGCAGUGCCCCGUGUGCCAGGCAGCCAUCCCGCAGGCCAACGGCAUUCCAGACAUGGACAACCUGCUCUUCAUCAGCCUGCAGGCCAGGCUCAAGGUCUACAGGCAGAUCCAGGACAACGAGAGCCCCAGCUGUGGGCGCUGCAAGAAGGACCCAGCCGUGGUGUGGUGCUCCGAGUGCCAGGACUUCCUCUGCACCAAGUGCUUCGAGGACCACCAGUGGUUCCUGAAGAAGAUGAACCACGAAGCCAAGAGGCUGGAAGAUCUUCGGGCUGAGUCAGUUCAUUCCUUCCUGGAAAACACUAGGAAGUCCUCCAGUCUCUUUUGCUCCACGCCCGGUCACGCCAGCAAGGACUACAUCUCCAGGUGA